AGGCUCGAAAAGUGCGUGUUCUUCUCGGUGUUACCACACUUAACUCUUAUGAAGAGCCCGGAAUGGAUGUGAUUACGGAUUCUCAGAUCCACAUCGAUUUCACAUUUACCCGCAAUAUAUAGCAAUGUUAAUUUGGAAUGAUGUCGCCUUGAUUCAUUUGCCACGGCGAGCAAAAUUGAGCCGAUACGUUAUGCCAAUCGAACUACCCAAUGAUUGUUCGCCCAACGAGAACUUAGACAGCAUUGUAAUGGGUUUCGGGCGAACAGGGACAAAUGAACCAUCAUCGAUUGAUCUUCGAUUUGCAUCGUUACAUACGACUUCAAUAGGAGAAUGCCGUCGACAAUUCCCAUUUUUGUUUUUGAGGCGAUCGGUUCUAUGUGCGAAAUCUUAUGGAAGCAAAACACAGGCUAUUGCUAAGGGUGAUUCUGGUUCUCCAUUGGUUCGAACAAAAGAUAACAAAUUGAUUGGUGUUGGCAGUUUUAGUAAGCCCAAUUGCAAUCAACGAAAACCACAAGCUUUCACAAACAUAAUCCUCUAUCACAAAUGGAUAUCGGAUAUAACUGGCCUUGAAUUACCAAACUGUAAAUUUUUUUCGAAAUAAAAUUUGAUUUUCAAUAUGAUUUGUUAUGUUGACAUUUUAUUUGUUUCGUUCUGUUUAUGAUUCCAUUCACUGUCCAAGUAUGG